GUUCUUAAUACUUGUUUGGCGAAGUGCUAAAAUCGGGCUUGACUGAACUAAAUUAAAGAAAUAUCAAUGAAACCAGCAAUACAACAAUAUUGAUAAAAACGAAUUUGAUAAUUUCGGCAAAUAAUCUAUUAAACAAGAAAAUUUCCUCAAACAUUUGUGAUCAGUAUGAUUUUAAGAUGGUUAACUAUAAUUUUAUGCUUAAUAUGUUCAAGUUGUUUAGCGGCAUCUUGGCCCCUCAUACCCUAUGCGAGUCAACAGUACUAUGUACUUGAAAAUAAAGUUUCUACAAAACAAUUGCAUCAUGUCUCAACACAGGAAACGAGUUACACAUUCAGUUCACUACUCAAAAUCAAUUCCGUAUGGAACACAGAAAAGGAGCAACUUAUAGAAGUUUACUUUACCGAAAAUCGUGUCACCGCUCCGAGCAAAAAGGGCAAUGCAAAAGUACAAGAGAUUGAUAAAAUUCCCGACAGACCCUUCUACAUCAGUUUCAUCGAAAACAAACCAAAUAAAAUUAUCGCACAUACUUCACGGGAUCAAUCUCUGUUAAAUAUUGAACGGGGAAUAGCAUCAUUAAUGCACAUUAAUUUUGAAAAUGGACCCGUAAGCGAAAUAGAUGUUUCGGGAAUUUGUAAUAAUUUCUAUAAUAUUAAAUCGUCUACAAAAGUAAAUAAAAUUAAAACAGACUGUUCGCACUGGGAUUUGAAGGUCAAUUAUCGGGGCGAAAAGCCUUUAGGUGUUCAUCAGAAAUCAUUUGAAAGAGUUGAAUAUGAUUUGUCAGCUGAUGGCCAGUUAUUGACAGCCUCUUCGGUUGAAAGUCACAAACUAAAUUUGGAAGCCCAGCCAGAAGUAGGUACUAAAGUGGAGUCGUUGUUUGUAUUAAAACAUAGUACUUUUACCUCAGAGCCUGUGGAGCAGCUAGCUUAUAAAACUUCUGAUGAAGCUAUUAAAAGUUUGUUGGACUGGUAUAGAGUAUUUGAUAUUGAAGCUGAUGUAGAUGGUGUUAUUAGUGAAAUUAAAGAUGUAAACUUAAAACAACAAGUUGCCUUAUUCGCCAAUGAUUUAACUGAUGAUUUGAUAGGCAAGGAAGCUUUAGCCGAAGCCUUUGUUAAACUUAUACCUCUAGCGCGUAUUACCAAACAGGAAGAAUUUGAGGACAUAUUAAAAUCCAACAAAAAGCUACACUCUCAAUUGGUGGACCUUUUGGGAGCGGCACAAACUAUCGAUGCUCACAAUGCCAUUCAUAAAAUUUUUGAUUACAAUCAAAACUCGGAUGUGGAUUUAUGGGAGAAAUAUUUACAAUCUCUAUCAGUAGGAACUCAUCCCGAUAGGAGUAUUAUCGAAGAUCUCUUUGAGCGUCUAACAUCGGCAGAUACAGCAAUAAAAAAUCAAAAACUUCAAGAUUCAGUACUUCAGUGUGUGACCUCUCUCACCCAUCAGUCUGGCCUUGAUGCUAAAGAUAAUCUUUUAAAAGAAAUCAAACAAUUUAUAUUAAAGAAUCUCCACGAAGACUGCGAAGAUGAGGUAUGCCAGACUCGCUACAUAAGAGCUUUACAAAAUCUACAAGACCCUUCCGCUAUUCCCAUUUUAUUGAAAUAUGCUUUACAUGAAGAAACUAAAAUAUCGAUUGCCGCUAUGCAAGCUUUAAAAUCAUUCCCCACUAUACAUUUCAAUGAGAAGCAUCGGCAAGCUUUCACUAGCAUCUUCUAUCAAAUACAAAAAAAAUAUGAUUCCUCUGCUCGUACCUUGGCUUUGGACAUUCUGUUGGCAAUGAAACCAACACCAACACAGUUGGGACAAUUGUUGGAUUAUUUGGCUUCAAGUGAUCGUCAUUUCGAAAUUAAAACUUAUGUUAUACAAAAGCUGAAAAUGUUGUCGGAUAAAUGUCCUCGUUUUAGGGCUUUGCUGGAGUCAAGCUUGUACGAGCGACCUCAUGUUAAUAAUUAUCACAUUAUUGGUCAAAAGGGUCUUACUACCGUUCUCUCUAGAGACUUAUCUUGGUAUCCAGCAUUUAACGAAAGUCUACUCAGCACUCAAGAAAUUUAUCAAGGUGUUUUGAAACGUGGUUCAGUAGAAUUAAUACUAUCUGCCGGCAGGGAAGAAACUAGCACAUUCAAGCUUGGUAUCUACACCAGUGGUUUAACAUCUUUUGUAGGCGAUAGUGAUGAAGGUGGCAAUGAUGACAACGAAGUAGCCGAUGAUAGUCCCGCUACAGCUGGUAUGGAAAUUGCUGUACAGGGUGUACUUUUAAGGCCUUUGAUAUUUUUUACCGGUCAGUCUGAGUUAAUGGGACAUGUAUGGAGUGGUACAGCUUCAGAUCCUACACCCGCAUUCCAAGCCACAACAUUGGCACAAGAUCAUGAACAUUAUAUAAUAUUGUCAUCAGGAGCAACUGUGUAUACGCGAGUAAUUGGUUCCAAAUCGGUGGAUUUGAAUGGAAAGGUAGACUUUAGCAUUUGGAAUCGUAAUGCUAAUACGGAGAUACAACAAAAUUCUGCUGCCGCUGUCCAUGGCAUAAUGAAAGCUGGCUUCACUUAUGCCUAUGUAACCAAUGAGUUCUUAUUGACCUAUGAACCCAAAAUAAGUCUACAGGCCGAUAUUGAUUUCUAUUCUGGCAUUAAGUUGUGCAUACAACUGCAAAGACCCGAAAUGCAGUUAAAUCACUUCAACACCAUACAGGUCACUUUACAAGCUGCCCAUAGAUUUACCAAGAAAGUUUUAUCCAAAUACUCAUAUAAAUUCCCAGGCCGUACUCUAGCUUUAAAUCAAAAGAAUAAUGAAAUGUGCAACAUGAUUUUUAAUUGAAUAAUUUGUUUUAUAACAUUUAUUUCAUCACUUAUUCCUAAGUUUAAUUAUGUUAUUAUUUCUCAAUUGUUACUCUAUCUCUAGGUAGUAGAAAAAUUAAAAACAUAAUUAAUGUAAAGAAAUUAUUUUUGUAUGGAAAGGAUUUGUAACGGAUUUAUAAAAUAAAACUUGGAACCCAGCGUCAGAAAAUUAAA